AGGACAGCUCACAGUGCGCCGGUUCUGACAGCGCUUCUUUUCUACACCCUCUCCUCCUGUGCUGUGUUUUUGGAGUAUUUGGAUGGCACAUUUUAAGAUGAGAGGGAUUCCCACCUCUGGGAAAAGUCCAAGAGUUUGUCCUGGAACAGAGUGAGGAGAGGAGGAGGGAAGAUAGCAGCAGAUUUUCCCCCUCAUCUUUGCCUCCGCAGGCGUUUCUUGUGUGGAAGAAUGGGGGCAGGAGCUCUGACCAUCUGUCAUGACAAGACAGCGGUGCAGGUUAAAGAAGACAUGAAGAGGAUGGUCCAGAUACCCAUACUGCGACCCAGGACAGUGACAGCCAAGCACACCAAAGUGUUUGGAGUGUCCCUGUUAGAGCUGCACCAGAGGGGCCUGGUGGAGGGCGGUGUGCCCCUGGUGAUGCGCAGGAUGGUGGAGCAUCUACGCAAGCAUGCCUUGCAUCAGGAGGGUCUGUUCAGAGUGAAUGGGAAUGUGCGUGCUGUGGAGACCCUCAAACAGCGGCUGGAGAGUGGAGAGGACAUGGACCUUCUUUCUGAAUCUGAUUGGUGUACAGUGGCCAGCUUGCUAAAACGGUAUCUCAGGGACCUGCCAGUGGGUCUGGUAGACUCAUCAGUCCAACAGGCACUGAUACAGCACCACCAAGAGUGUGGUGAUGAUGUCUCUUGGUCAGAUAUGAGAGACCUACUUCAGCAGCUUCCAGACGUACACUACAGCCUCCUCCGCUACCUCUGCCACUUCCUCACCCUUGUGGAGUGCAACCACAAGGAAAACCGUAUGACUGCCCUCAACCUCGCCACCGUGUUUGGACCUACUGUCUUCCACGUGGCUCCUGGUUUCGAAGCAAUGAAGGACCAGAAUAUCUGUAACAAGAUCAUGGUCAAGCUCAUCCAGAACUACAGCAACAUAUUUGAGACCGCCACAGACGGAGGAGGCUGCGCAGAAGAACUGUCGACCCUUAUUACUGUCAAGUCUCAGGAGGCACACAUGACAGAUGCAGGCACAAAGAGGUCACCCAGCCACCUCAAUGCAGACACACAAACACCGGCUUCUCCAACAAAGGCUGGACAAAAAACCCCACCACCAAAUGCAGAGAUUCUGAACAAAUCCUCCACCAACACUCCAAAGGCGAGGCAAAGGAAAAAGAAGGUGAAGAAAGGGAAGAGUGACGGGAUGACUCAAGUCAUCCCUCAGCCCAGCCGCUCUGCUGGGCUGCCCCAUGCAAGGUCCCACACCAUACCAAUAAUUUUGCCGCUAGCCUCAGAGCUUAGAAGUCCCAGUCCAGAGCCGAUGGAGACAGCUCACCAAGACACUGCAGAUGCUGCUUCGCCACUCAGCGAGCGCGAUAUUAGCCCCUCUGGCAGCAUGGAUGCCAUCAGCAGCUCUCAAGAUGAAGAGAGGCCGAUAUCUCCUUUCUACAUGAGUAACCACCUCUCCCCUAUCCACUGCACACCAGAUGUGGUAAAUUUUCUGGACAGGACGAUUCGCUCAACAGUGGAGCAGCACCUCUUCGAUGGAAACUCUGUAGGGGAUCAGAGUUCAGAAGACUCUGAGUUAACCCCAGGACCACAAUCUCCAAGGGUUACGCCAACUGCCCGACAGAGACGUCGACACCAGAGAGAGCAACAGGAGGAGGGGCUGAGACAGAAAGAAAGAAACAGAGCUGUAUCAGUCCAAGCAGACACCAACAAGGAGAACAUCCCGUCAAGCGGUGGGAGCAGCGCAGGCAGCGUAGGGGAGAACACGGGCAGCAGCGUGGACUCCCAGGGAGGCCAGAGUGGUCACGCUGAGCGCACCCCCAAGCCCAGGAAGUCGAAACACAGCCCAACACUGGUGCAGCUCACCGACAACCAGGACGCCCACACGUUUAAGGAGUGUGUUGGUGAGAAACCUGGAGUCAACCACAUGGACGCAUUUCAGAAAGGGAACGACAUUUCAAGAAAAGACGACCUUCCUUCUCCUUCACAGACGUCAAGGAUGAAGAUCCAGGAGUCGCCCGUCACUUGUGACACGGGAAGGGUCGGCGGUGGCGGCGGCGGUGACAUGCGAGGCUCUGACCCGGACCGCGAGAGCUGUGAGGACGUGCCCCGGCUGGACCUGACAGCACUUACUGAGGAAAACAACUGGGGAGAACCGGUCCCAGCCUUCUCGCCACUACAGAGGGAGAGCAUGGACCGCGAGGAAGCUCGACUGUCCCCUCACGCUGGGGGACGUCUGAUCCGCCAGCUUCUGGAGGAGGACAGUGACCCGAUGCUCUCCCCUCGCUUCUACGCCUAUGGACAGUGCCAGCAGUAUCUGGACGACACUGAAGUGCCUCCCUCGCCACCAAACGCACACUCAUUUGUCAGUCGCAGACGGAGUUCGUCUCUUGGCUCCUGUGACGAUGAGAAGGAGGAGCUGACGUCGGCCCAGAUCACAAAGAGGAUCCACGUACUGAGGAAAAAGAUUCACAGGUUCGAGGAGAGGUUUGAAGAGGAACGUAAAUACAGGCCGUCCCAUAGUGAUAAAGCUGGAAACCCAGAGGUGCUGAGAUGGGUUAACGAACUGGCCAAGCUUCGUAAGGAGCUAAAAGAAAGCAAACUGAUGAAGUCUGAAGAGGAUCUGCCACCUCUGACCCGCCAGCGCAGCAACACGCUGCCCAAAAGCUUCGGCUCUCAGCUGGAGAAGAAACCCCCACAGGAGAAAGUGGCGAAGCCUCCGGUGGAGAGCAGCCUGGAGACGAUUCUGAAGAGGCUGCAGGAGAAGAGGGAGGAGGUGAACCGCCCUGAGGACAUCAAGGAUAUGACACGGGAGCAGAUCGGAGCAGAGAAAGUGGCCCUGCAGAAAGCCCUCCUCUACUACGAGAGCAUACACGGUCGACCAGUCACCAAGAACGAGAGGCAAAUCAUGAAGCCCCUGUAUGACAGAUACCGCCUGGUGAAGCAGAUUCUGUGCAGAGCCUCCACCAUCCCCGUCAUUGAGGAAGAGGAUGGCUCAGAGGAUGAAGGGGACUCAAAGACACAGUUCACCGUAACCGUCCGGCCUGACCUCAGUGUGCUCGGCUUCCUGGACCACAUGGAGGAGGACGCAGACGGUUUCAUUUCACCUGUGGAUGAACUUUCACCCUCUAAGCAUGUGACGGACAUGAGGCUGUCCAACCUGCACUCCGCCACCAUGGAGGAACUCGUGGAGCAACUCCAAGAGGCCCGGGAGGAGAAGAAGCGACUUCGCAAAGCUCUGAAAGAGUUUGAGGAUCAGUUCUUCAGACAGAAUGGAAGAAACGUGCAGAAGGAGGACCGCUCCCCGCUGGCAGUCGAGUACAACGAAUACAAGCACGUUAAAGCCAAACUGCGGCUGCUGGAAGUCCUCAUCAGCAAAAGAGACUCCACUAAGUUCAUCUGAGACAAAAAUGAAAGACUCUAAGAGGACUUUGGAGAUUGAGUCGAACACAUCUCACCCUGUUUGAGAGAAGAUAUGAUUUUCUUUCUCGUUGCCAUCUGUGCCGCUCUUGUAUCUGGCUCGGGGGGAAACUGUUCACCUGGUAAUCUGUUGAGCUCAGUGGGGUUUUUCCUCUGGAGCCCGCAGAGAGCCGGCGACCCACGACUGAUUCAGAGCGACACAAAGUCACCUGCUUCACCUUGAGAAGUUCACUUUCAACAAUAACCUCACCUUCAUGAGAGGACGUUUCUCCAGACACCCACAAAUAACCUGAAUCACACUUUUAUUGCUAAUAAUUUAUUUCUAUCCUUUUGAAUGUUUUUAUCAAAGAAGUUAUUUUUCUCACACUUUACUGUAGAAGAAGUCUUAAAAAACUGUGUAAGUAAAAUAACAGAUAUGAAAUUAUUGCUAUUUUUAAAGAAGGAUUUUUGCGAUCAAGAAAUGUGUAUUUUUGUAAGGGAGACGUUACUAUUUGUAUAACUCCAAUCAGCUUAACAGUAUUCACUAAUUGAAUAGCUUUCUCUAUUUCAGUUCUGACCAUCAUAAUAUCUGAGAUAAUCUUUUGUUGCUUCUCUAGAAGUUGAAUUGAGUAUUUGCUCACUAAAAGAAAUGGUUUAAAAUAUUAACACAACCCAAAGACAGUGACUCAGAGUACAACCUAUGAACCAAAAUAACUCAUUUUCAGUAAAACAGCUUAGUUUUGUGAUCACUGGUACUUAAGCAUUUGACUGUUUUUUGUGCAUUGACGUGCUUUUUUCCCCAUUUCCUUACUGUCAAAAUAAGCUAUUUCUCGUCUUGAAAUCACUGGUAUGUUUCUGCUCACACUGAUAAACAUUGACAGACGUUUGUGAGAUGACUCCUGCAGGGCGGCCUGUGUUUCCUUCUCGUCCUCUCCGGAGCUCGUUUGGUUCUUUUGUAAAUAUGGAUCACUUAUGUAUGUUUACAUUUCUGUGAGCGAGUACAUUUUUCCUUCCUUUCUCCAAAAUGGAUGAUUUAUCAGUGUGAAUUUCGUUUUUACUGAAUGUAAACACUGGCGAGGCUUAAUGAAUUUUGAGUGUGUACAUUUUAGUACAUAAAUUGUAUUUGUAUUUUGUAUAUAAUAUGAAUGAAAUCAUAUUUUUACUGA